AUGUCGUCGCACGAUACUCGGUCGCUCCGCCAGUCCAAGCGGCUCUCCGUCACCGCGCUCUACCUGUCCAUGUCCGCAAAGGACCGGGACUUGGAGAUUUCCGAUGACCUGGCGCGAGCCCAAAAAUACCUCCGAGAACUGAAAGGAAAGAUUUCCACCCAGUCGAAGAAAAACUUUGUCCUCGAGAAAGAUGUCCGGUACUUGGAUUCGCGAAUCGCCUUGCUGAUUCAAAACCGUAUGGCGCUGGAGGAGCAAAACGAAGUCGCCAGCCACCUCGACGAGGCGAUCGAUCCCCAGGAAGGCUUCUUCCCCAACGACGAGAAGACUCAGAAGUACGGAAAUCUUCUGUUCCUUCUCCAGUCCGAGCCGCGCCAUAUCGCGCACCUGUGCCGUUUGGUGUCCAUGUCCGAGAUCGACUCCCUGUUGCAGACCGUCAUGUUCACCAUCUACGGUAACCAGUACGAAAGUCGCGAGGAGCACCUUCUGCUCACCAUGUUUCAGUCCGUGCUCACCUACCAGUUCGACAACACCCCGGAAUAUUCGUCUCUCCUGCGUCAGAAUACGCCGGUCUCACGUAUGAUGACGACCUACACCCGGCGUGGUCCUGGUCAGAGCUACUUGAAGCAGGUCUUGGCCGAUCAGAUCAACGCGCUGAUUGAGUUGCGCGAUGUGGACCUGGAGAUCAACCCCCUGAAGGUAUAUGAGACCAUGGUGCGGCAAAUCGAAGAGGAGACCGGCUCGUUGCCGGACUACCUGGCCCGGUCGGUCACCGCCGAAGACGCCGCCGAGAACAAACAAGUCCAGGCUAUCAUUGCGCCCCGCCUGAAGAUGUUGACCGAUAUCGCCAAUGGUUUCCUCACCACCAUCAUCAACUCCGUGGACGAGGCUCCAUACGGAAUUAGAUGGAUCUGCAAGCAAAUCCGUAGCUUGUCUCGACGCAAGUACCCGGACGCCCAGGACCACACCAUCUGUACACUGAUCGGUGGUUUCUUCUUUCUGCGCUUCAUCAACCCGGCCAUUGUCACGCCGCGGUCCUACAUGUUGAUCGAUGCCAUCCCCACUGACAAGCCCCGCCGCACCUUGACUCUGAUUGCGAAGAUGCUGCAGAACCUCGCCAACAAGCCCUCAUACGCCAAAGAACCGUACAUGGCGAAGCUUCAGCCUUUUAUCCAGCAGAACAAGGAGCGCGUGAACAAGUUCCUGCUGGACUUGUGUGAGGUCCAGGAUUUUUACGAAAGCUUGGAGAUGGAUAACUACGUGGCGCUGUCCAAACGCGAUCUGGAGCUGCAGAUCACUCUGAAUGAAAUGUAUGCGACACAUGCGUUGUUGGAGAAGCACAGUGCCGCCCUUGCUCAGGAUCAACACUCCCACUUGCAUCAGCUCUUGCAGGAACUCGGCACCGCCCCUCCCCAAGUUCCGCGAAAGGAAAACCGGACCAUCACUGUUCCCCUGUUCAGUCGGUGGGAGACGGCCCUGGAUGACUUGACCGCCGCCCUCGACAUUACCCAGGAGGAGGUGUUUUUCAUGGAGGCCAAAUCCACCUUUGUGCAGAUCCUCCGGUCUCUGCCCCCCAACUCUUCCAUCACCCGACGACCCCUUCGCCUGGACCGCAUUGCGGAAGCCGCGGCGACCCUCAAGAAUGACGCGGUCAUGGUACGCAAGGGCAUUCGCACCAUGGAGCUCUUGAGCCAGCUGCAAGAGAUGGGCGUCAUCGACCGUUCCGACGAAUUCAGUCUCCUCCGCGAUGAAGUCGAGCAGGAAUUGGUCCACCUCGGAUCUCUGAAGGAGAAGGUGCUGGAGGAGACCAAGAAGCUCGAGGAGGUCUUUGCGACUAUCCGCGACCAUAACGCCUACUUGGUGGGCCAGUUGGAAACGUACAAGUCCUACUUGCACAACGUCCGCAGCCAGUCCGAAGGAAAGUCCAGGAAGCAGCAGAAGCACCAGGAGCUUGGUCCCUACAAGUUCACCCACCAGCAGCUGGAGAAGGAGGGUGUGAUCCGGAAGAGUAACGUCCCGGAGAACCGACGGGCCAACAUCUACUUCAUGUUCAAGAGCCCCUUGCCAGGAACUUUUGUCAUCAGCCUGCACUACAAGGGCCGUGCUCGUGGGCUUUUGGAGUUGGACCUCAAGCUGGACGAUCUGCUCGAGAUGCAAAAGGACAACCUGGAAGACCUGGAUCUGGAGUAUGUCCAGUUUAAUGUGUCCAAGGUGUUGACGCUUCUGAACAAACGAUUUGCACGUAAGAAGGGGUGGUAA